AUGGGUCUCACAUUCUCGAAGCUGUUCGACAAGCUAUGGGGCAAGAAGGAGAUGCGUAUCCUGAUGGUCGGUCUCGACGCUGCAGGAAAGACCACCAUUCUGUACAAGCUCAAGCUCGGUGAAAUCGUCACCACCAUCCCCACCAUCGGCUUCAACGUCGAGACCGUCGAGUACAAGAACAUCCAGUUCACCGUGUGGGAUGUCGGUGGACAGGACAAGAUCCGCCCCCUGUGGAGGCAUUACUUCCAGAACACCCAGGGCAUCAUCUUCGUCGUCGACAGCAACGAUCGUGACCGUGUCGUGGAGGCCCGCGAGGAGCUGCAGCGCAUGCUCAACGAGGACGAGCUGAGGGAUGCUCUGCUCCUCGUCUUCGCCAACAAGCAGGAUCUGCCCAACGCCAUGAACGCCGCUGAAAUCACCGACAAGCUUGGCCUCCACAGCCUCAGGCAACGCGCUUGGUACAUCCAAUCCACCUGCGCCACCUCCGGUGACGGUCUCUACGAGGGUCUGGAGUGGCUGAGCAACUCGCUCCGCAAGGCGGGCCACAACUAA